AGUUUAGUUCUAUUUUGCUUAGUUUCUUCGUUGAUCUAGCUUUUAUGCUCAGAAAAAAUGCCAUCACUGAUUCCGAUACGGGGUUUUCGCACUGGCAUUUCCGAUGGGGGGCGCUAGUCAACUAUCAUUGUCUUUCGCCAGGUGUUGAAGCAAUAAAAUCUGUUUUCGAGAGCAAUCGAUAACAUUCUUAAUUAUCGAAAUCGAUUACAGCACUAACAUCAUGAAUUAACAGUCGCCCGGUCUGUAAACAGCAAUUAAAAUACAAUUAUUUUGUUUAAACAAUUACAAUAAAUAUACAAUGCGCACUAGCUACAAAAAGAACCGUCCAUUUGAUUUUAAAUUAAUUGAUCUUGUGCAGCCCAAUAAGGUUCUCUAUAUGCGUACAGGCCUCUCCAAUUAUGAGACAAUGAAAACCAAAACGGAAAUCUGGGCAAAAAUAGCAAAGAUCAUGAACUGCGAGGUGGACUUUUGUAUAAUGCGCUGGAAUAAUCUGCAUUACCAGUUUCGCAAAGAAUUUCGCCGGGCUAGUCAAACCGGCUCCACCUGGCCCUAUUUGCAACGUUUGCAAUUUCUGGCCGAUCUUCAGUUGCGUUCCAAACGUCAGAAAAAGCCUCUAUCGGAGGCACACCAAGAAAUGGCUAUGGCUACGAUAGAAGAGCCUCCCAUGGAACAUCUUUUAUGGAAUGCAGAACAACAAAAUAAUUUUGUAGUCGAAGAAAUCAUAGAAGACACGAGCAAUGAUCAAAUCAUUCAUGAAGAGAUCAUCUAUGAGGAGGAUGAAAAUCAACAGGAAUAUAUGUACCCCUCCACAGAUUUUUUACAAAUCGACAAAAUUCUAGCUCAAUUCCAGAAACCACAUCGUGUCCGAGUAGAACGUCGGAUAAUGGCCUUCCUUUUAAAAUGUCAACUUCGGUCUCUAGUAAAUGAAUCCAUAGACGAUUUGACAAUUUAAUUUUUAGACUCACUUUUUUUUAAUUGAAAAAAAAACCAACUACAUAA